GCCGGCAUCGAUUGGCGCUGCGGGCUGCAAUGCAAUCCCAAUUAUAGCCUGAUGCGCGAGAACACUGCACACACACAUACAUCAUACACAUCACUCAUCGGAUGCGCUUUUAUCCGGCUUCCUAUCCGUGUGCGCCGCUUUGCCAGGGGAAUCAAUGUCAUUCCCGCGAGUCGACUGGCCAUUACACGCUGCCGCGGAUUAUCACUCUCUCUUUUUCAUUUGUGUACAUAUAUAUACAUACAACACAAAUCGCGUAAUAUGCGCGGGAAAUCAGUGGAUUAGCGCGCCGAUUUAGACACCGUUGGAUAAAUGCCGAACGGAACGAUGGAGAAUGCUACCUUUCCGUACCUGUAUAAUCUCCCGCAGGAGAUGCAGUUCACCACGGUCAACGUGAUCGUCAUCGCCAUCUAUGCGAAUCUACUAUGGAUCUCGCUGCUGGGGAAUAUCGUGGUGUUUGUUAGUUUGCUCCGGCGGAAGAAGAAAGGCCGCGUGCAUAUCCUGCUGAUUAAUUUGUGCGUGGCCGACACUAUCACGACGCUGGUGGAGAUGCCGUUGAAGAUCGCGUGGAAGUGGACGGUGCAGUGGCGCGGCGACGACGUGAGCUGCCGGUGCGUGUCGUUCUUGCGCGUGCUGGGACUCUACCUGUCGGCGUUGCUGCUCAUCUGCAUCAGCGUGGACCGCUUCCUGGCCAUCUGGGAUCCGCUGUCGAGCGUGCGGCAGGCCGGGCAGCGCACGCGCACCAUGAUCCUGCUGGCCUGGAUGUUCAGUGUGGCCUGCGCGGCACCGCAGGCCGUCAUCUGGCACGUGAUGCAGCAUCCGCUGAUCCCCUGGUACCACCAGUGCGUCACCUUUGGGUCUUUUCCCGCGCCGGACGUGGAGUUGUUCUACGGACUGGGGAUUAUGCUGCUCACCUAUGGGCUGCCGUUGGUGGUCAUCUCCGCGUGUUACCUGGGCAUCUGGAUCAAGAUCAUCCAGAGCUCGUUACAACAAGAUUUGGGCACGCUGCCCGACCCCAACGACCGGCGUCUGAGUGUGCCCAGUGCGGCGGCGCUGCGCACCAGCAACGCCGAUCGAUUGGUGAAAGCCAAGAAGCGCACACUGCGGAUGACGGUCUUCAUCGUCGGCAUCUUUAUCCUCUGCUGGUCGCCCUACCAGAUCAUGUCCAUGUGGUACUUCUUUGACAGGAAAAGCGCGGAGACGGUCGACCAGUUAGGCCAGGAGAUCCUCUUCAUCUUCGGCGUAUCCUCCUCUGUCCUAAACCCCUACGUCUACGGCAUCUGGUCCAUGGGGCUAUGGCGCAACCUCAGCGUCCUGGGCGCCCUUCCCUGCCUGAAACAGCAGUUCCAGAAAGCGCCCCCUGGUGGGGAGGGCCACAGCGGCUACCUCUCGCGGGCCAUCGGGACGGACGCCGACGGGACGGACCCGGAACGCUGUAGCCGCGGGAGCCGCGACCGCGCCCUCUCCAUCCGGGUGUCCCUGCCCACCAACGGGUCCCUACAGCACUACACCCUCACACCCAACAGCUCUAUAAGCUACACACCUAACAGCAGCCGACGCUGGGCGUUCGGGGAUAUGAGCAACUCCUUCUCGCGCUCGCUGGCGUCGACAGAACGCCUGAACGGCUACGGCGCGGCGCGUCUCCUGUAGUUCUCAGUACAGUUGUUUUUUUUCGUGUACACUUUGACGGUUUUUUUGCAUUCCGGAUAUUUUCACAAUAUGGAAUUUCCGUACACGUUUCUUUCGUUGUUCUACAUUAGAAGACUGUUAUUAGUUAGUCUUGUGUGCAACCUUGUGUAAAAAUAGUGAUUGUUACGUGAUCAAUUUUUAAAAAAUGUUUUGUCAUGUGGAACAACCGUGUCUUUACGCGAAUCCAUAUUGUGGAACUGUCCGGAAUGCGACAACCGUCAAAGUAUUCCGCUUUAUAACACAUUCUUCGGUGUGAUGGCGCAAACGCUCAAUUAUGAUCUUUUUGUUAGCAGGUCGAUGUAUUUUAAUUUCUCCGGUAAUUGUGUACCGGGCAUAACACAUAACUAAUCAUAGUGGGAUA